GGGAUGCUGGGAGUUGUAUUUCGGUGUGGAAGGCGGGCGAAGCUUGCUGAGUGCUGACGUCCCUCCUCUCGCCGGUGCACCUGGCUCUCGGUCGGCUCGGCUCGGCUGGAGGCGGCAGAAGAGCCAUGGAGGGCGCCGGGGCUUGGCGUCCGGCGGGAGUCCGGGGAAGGGGCCGGGGCCGAGCGGGGUCGCAGGCUGCAGGGGCCCCGGAGCGAGGAGGGCCAGGGAGGGCGCCAGGAGCCCCACAAGAGGCCCCUCGCCCCGCAGGGAACAGGGCCCACGAGUUGGCAUCAAAGAAAAAAUUUGAUGAAAUUAUGAAAGCUAAUCAAGCUGCUGCUAAAAAACUUGUGGAAGAACAGUUUAGUUCCUCUUCUGAAGAUGACGAAGAAGAGAUUGAAGGAAAACAUGGAAAAAUAUUGGACAAAACGUUUACAACUUAUACUAUUCAAACCGGUGGAGAUGCAAGUGAAUUGGAACGCACAAGACAAUACAUGAAUGAUGCUUUCCAGUCUGGGGCAAUGACAUGCUUGAUUUGUAUUGCUUCAAUUAAGAGAAACCAGGCUGUCUGGAGUUGCUCUGGAUGUUUCUGCAUAUUUCACAUGCCGUGCAUUCAGAAGUGGGCGAAGGAUAGCCUUUUCCUAAUAUCCUCUCCCUUGACAGAUGAUGAUUUUGGAAAAAAGGAUUAUCCAUGGCCAUGCCCAAAGUGUAGGUUUGAGUACAAGCGUUCUGAAACUCCCUCUCGAUACUACUGCUACUGUGGAAAAGUGGAAGAUCCACCAUUAGAUCCCUGGCUAGUUCCCCAUUCCUGUGGCCAAGUAUGUGAGAGAAAUUUCAAGCCUCCCUGUGGACACAAGUGCCUGCUGCUUUGUCACCCAGGUCCUUGUCCACCUUGUCCAAAGAUGAUCACAGUAACCUGUUACUGUAAGAAGGCCAGACCUGUGCCACGGAGAUGCAGCACAAAGGAAUGGUCAUGCCAGUUGCCUUGUGGACGGAAAUUGCCAUGUGGACAACACAACUGUGAGAAACCUUGUCAUCCAGGAGACUGUCAACCCUGCCCACGAGUCAGUAAGCAAAGAUGUAUCUGUGGUAGACAGGUAGCAGAAAGACUUUGUGCAAGUCCUUUAUGGCAUUGUGAUCAGGUUUGUGGUAAAACAUUGCCUUGUGGUUAUCAUGCCUGUGAACAAGUUUGUCAUGGUGGCUCCUGUGGAGAAUGUCCUCGAUCUGGGAAACGGUCUUGUCCAUGUGGAAAAUCCAAAUUUUCUCUACCAUGUACGGAGGAUGUGCCUACUUGUGGAGACAGCUGCAACAAAGUUCUUGAAUGUGGCAUUCAUAGAUGUUCACAGCGCUGCCACAGAGGCCCCUGUGAAAUCUGUAGACAGGAAGUUGAGAAACAGUGCCGCUGUGGAAAGCAUAUAAAGCAGAUGCCCUGCCAUAAGCCAUACCUUUGUGAAACAAAGUGUACAAAAAAUCGUGACUGUCAAAAACACCAGUGCAAGAGGAAGUGCUGUCCUGGAAAUUGUCCAGCAUGUGAUCAAGUUUGUGGAAGAACUUUGGGAUGUCGGAAUCACAAGUGUCCUUCAGUCUGCCACAGAGGUAGCUGCUAUCCAUGUCCUGAAACUGUAGAUGUGAAGUGCAAUUGUGGCAAAACUGUUCUCAAAGUACCUUGUGGUAGAGAACGAACCACCAAACCCCCCAGGUGCAAAGAACUAUGCAGGCAGCCGCCUACUUGCCAUCAUCCUAGUCGGGAGAAACACAGUUGCCACUUUGGGCCUUGUCCGCCUUGCCAUCAGCCCUGCAAGAAGAUCUUAGAAAAGUGUAGACACUUGUGCCCUGUUGCUUGCCAUGAUGAAGCAUUAGUGAAGCAAACUGGCUUGCAUCAGCCUGCUGGGCCUUGGGAACAGACAGUCGAGCCUGCCUUUAUUCAGACAGCAUUACCAUGUCCUCCAUGUCUAGUCCCUAUUCCAACGCAAUGCCUUGGGAAACACGAGAUGAGUCCAUUACCAUGUCAUACUGUGGGACCCUACUCUUGUAAAAGGGUUUGUGGAAGGCUCCUUGAUUGUCAGAACCAUAGUUGCAUGAAAGAAUGUCACAAAGUUAGCGAAACAGAUAGUAACAAUGAUGUCCAAAAGGCAGGUCCAGAGUGUUCUCAGUGUGAAGAAGAAUGUUCAAAGCCACGACCACUGGGUUGUCCCCACUCUUGCCCUUUGCCUUGCCACCCUGGAGAAUGCCCAUCAUGUGCCCAGAUGAUUCGGAUAAAGUGUCAUUGCAAACUCACAAGUCUUUACAUUGAAUGCAUAAAAAUCACUUCUGCUGACCUAAAGGAAAAAGAGGAGCUGAGUUCCUGCAAAAAUCAGUGUCCAAAAGAGUUGUCCUGUGGGCAUCGAUGUAAAGAAAUCUGCCAUCCAGGUGACUGUCCUAAGAAUUGCAACCAAAAGGUGAAAGUCCGCUGUCCUUGCAAAAGGCUCAAAAAGGAAGUGCUGUGUAGUAAGCUUCAAGAAGGCCAGGUUUCAUUAGAAUGUGACGCAGUAUGCAAGGAAAUGAAACGGAAAGCUUCUGAGAUGAAAGAAGCAGAAGCUAGGGCUGCCAUUGAAGAGGAAAAACGAAGGCAACAGGCUGAAUUGGAGGCUUUUGAGAACAGGUUAAAAGGGCGCCGGAAGAACAAGAGAAGAAAGGAUGAGGUUGAAGUUGAAAAAUCUGUAUGGCAAAAAUAUAAAAAUAUAUUUGUACUGCCAAUAUGUGGAGCUGCUGUUGUAAUGAUUGCAUGGUUCAUUGCCUACAGUGACUGAAAUCUUAAUACUUACUUCAGCACAUUUCCAUGUGAUUAUAGGUAGAUAGGUAGCUGCUAGAGUGUUAUCUUGUAUAAAUUAGGAUUUAAUAUCCAGUUGUGGAGAAAAACAACCAGUCUACCCACAGAUCACUUUGAAGUACAAGUUGUUAUUCUGUCCCAUCAGUUCUAAGCAAUGGGCACAGAUUUGAAACGCCUGAUUUGCAGGGAAUCAUUCAAGUACAGUUCCUGAUCAUAUUCUUGUGUUUCAUGUUACUAUGCGAGGAUUUCCUUUCAUGAACCCACUGAAUAUUUUGUUCGAGUAGUUAACAGCACUCUUGAUGAACUGAACUGGGGGAAAAAUUGAUUUGAUACUGUCAUAGAUGAACAUGUCUAUUGUCUGACAAAGAAUGCAUGGAAACUCUGAUCCCAUAAAGUUCAAUAAACACAUUGUCCCACUACUAGCUGCACUUCCUUCAGCAGAUGUACAUGCUGCAGCAGCCUCUUGCAUGCAAAGGUCAUCUUUGUAUGCUUCACACCAAAGUAUUUUGCCUUCAUUGAGUUAUUAAUGCAAACAGAAUUAAAUAUUUUAAAUUUUGUGAGUCAUUAAAAUUACAUGAAACUACUCUGGCUACAUAACAGUUCUAAUGAUGUCAGAAGUAGCUUUUCCUAAUACAGUGUCAGUAUUAUGUACCUGAGAGGGUUUUCCCACAGGAUCCUAUUUCCAAACAGAAAAGUUAGGUUUUUCUCAUAGACAUCUUUCAUCACUAAUGAAAACAGUCAAUUAUAUAUAGCUUUGAGUUUAAAUUCUACUUUGUACCUAGAAAAAAAAUCCUUCAAGUCAUAAUCAUUGAAAGGCAGACAUUGUUUUAUGUAUAUAUAAAUUCUCACAAAGACCAGUUAAUUUAAAUGAGUUAGUAUAUAUCUCUGAUGUAGUUGUGUUAGUGUUUUAGAGAACAGUAUAUGUAAAGUUGGUAAAUUAAUUCUUGAUUCAGGUAUAAAAAUAUGUACAUAAAUAUAAAAGGUUGGUUUGCUCUCAAAAUCAUGUUUUUACAUGAAAUGCCAAGUAGUUGUUUAAAGGUCUAGUUAACCUGAUAGAUGUUUCUCUAAACAAACAGCCUUGCCUCAAAUUUUUCAGAUGUGACUGAUGAAGAUAAUUGCUCAAAACCUGAACUAUGUUAAUAAUUAAUUUCAUGGGGAAUACUGUCACAUCAAAUUGAAGGGAGUCCACAUUUUUCUGCCUCUCUUGUUCUACUUAAUUUACCACUUCAAAUAUUAUUGAGGGUCAGUUUCCUAUUAAAAUAGUGUCUGUGUUAAGAAUACAUUCCAGGUGGCGCAUGGUAGGAAUGCUUGAGGGAAGAAGAUACAAGUACUGUACUCUAAACUUGAUGUUUUCACAUGUAGCUUGCAGUGGAUUGGACUGGAUAAUUAACAAUCCACAUUCCAAAAAUAUCAUAACAUAAGAUACUCCUAUCCAUUGUUCAGGAUUUUUAGCAUUAGAAUUAUAAAAGGUAGACCAAGUGUAGGCUGCAGAAUCGUUCAGUUUUUGACUUGUUAUAUUUACAAGAGAAAUAACAUUUUAGUUUUCCAUUAUUUAAAAGAAAAAGGCAAAUUUUGAAGAUAUAUAUACUGCUGCUUUACAUUUAAAAAACCAACAACAACCAAAACUAGCUCAGCAGUUGAUUUCCUAUCGGCAUAAUUAAUGGAUGUUCACAGGGCUUGUCAGAUUUCACGCUUAGAUAUGUUAGUGCAAGUCCUUUAUUUUUGUAUUCUUAUUUUGAUGAGAGAAACCCUUUCCAGUGUAGAUAAACUGUAUGAAAACCUGUUUGCAUAUUAUGUAUUUAAAUCAGUCAACAUUGUCUUGGUUUAAAUGUUAAGGGAAUUUCUUUGCUUCUGUAAAUGGAGAACUAUGUAACAUUUUAGCUACUUCAGCACUGAUAUUAAAACAUGCUUAUUUCUUCCA